ACCGUGGUCGCCACACGUUCCUUGUUUAUUUACACUUCACAUUGCAAUCAAGUCAUAAGUUAAUUGGGCUCCCAAAUAACAGAAAGAAAAAAAAUUAAGAAUGGCGUCAAUUACUACUAGCAGAAUUGAAUGUGGGUUCGCAUUAUCUUCAUUGACGGCGAGGCCCAGGCGUAUGAUGGUGGUUCGUGCUGAAACUGUAAACCCAGAUAUUAAGAAGGACAAAGCAGAAUUGGUGCACUCUAUUGAUGUCACUGAUCUCUCUAAGCCUCAAACUGCUUACUGCAGGUGUUGGAGGGCUAAGACUUUUCCUCGAUGUGAUGGAAGCCACGUGAAGCACAAUGAGGAAACUGGAGAUAAUGUUGACUCCUGCUCGUGAAGAAGCAGUAAGCCAGUAAGGGCUCGUUUGGUAUGAAAACAAGUUCUGAUAACAUUAUUUCUUAUCGAUUGGUUGCAUUAUUGUAUUAAAAAUAAUAUGCAUUGCAUAAUGUACUGAAUAAGAUGUAUAAGCAUUAGAAUAAAACUGGUAUUGUGAAUGUCAGAUAAUUUACUAUGUAUAAGAAUACUACUGAAUAAAGUGUAUAAGUAAUAUUGGUAUUAAGCUCAUCCUAGUAAUGGAGGUACAUGUUUAUGACCCUUUCCUAACUGUAAUCUUAUUUUU